CACAAAGAGGAAAAUAGGGUAGAAACAGAAGAGAAAAAGGGUGGUGAUCUGAGUUAUAUAUAUGGAAAUAGCAGAGACUGGUUGGAGUUGGGAGACUGUACAUACAGAAAGUGAAGUAGACACAACAUAAAUGAUAAUAGUCAUAUAUAGCACCAGAUCCCACAAAAACAAUUACUAAAACUUUUUUCAAUCUCUUAACCCUAGAGCCAUUCAUUUUUCUAGAUCUAUACAUUUUGAUCAUGAACUUGUUUAAUAGUACGAUGAUACAAGAUGAAGCAUCGGAUUCAGCCUCAUGUUAUUACAACCAACAACUUAAAAGGCCUAGUAGUAGUACGGAGCUUAUGUUGAUGGAUUCAUCGUCUACUUGUGAUGCGUUGGUUGAAAGGGAACAUAUGUUCGAUAAGGUAGUUACUCCUAGCGAUGUUGGUAAGCUGAAUCGUUUAGUUAUACCUAAACAACACGCGGAGAAGUAUUUCCCUCUUGAUUCGUCUAGUAACGAUAAGGGGGGAUUACUAUUGAAUUUUGAAGAUAGUAAUGGGAAGCCAUGGAGGUUUAGGUAUUCGUAUUGGAAUAGUAGUCAGAGCUAUGUAAUGACUAAAGGAUGGAGUCGUUUUGUUAAGGAGAAGAAACUUGAUGCUGGUGAUGUUGUUUCAUUUCAGCGCGGUGCUGGUGAGUUGUCUAAGCACCGUCUCUUCAUUGACUGGCGUCGUCGUCCUCAUCAUGAGAAUGGAAAUAAUCAGUUUAUGUUACCGCAUCAAUUUUCUGAUGGGAGGAUCUUUCCUUUACAGUCUUAUCCAACAACAUUUUCGCGUAAUUAUUAUAAUAAUCCUCCACAUAGUUAUUACAUGUAUGGAAUUGGUAACUCCAGUGCUAGUACUCCUUACUACAGUUUCAACAACAAUACUAGUGUGAUGGUUAAUGCAAGUCAUUUUGAUCAUAAUCUGAUGAAAUCAACUAGCGUUGAGGAGCCAAGGGUGUUCAAUUCGGUACCAGUGGUUCAAGGUAAAGUUGCAGCAAAACGUUUCAGGUUGUUUGGAGUAAAUAUGGACUACCCAAUGCCCUCUGAAGAAUCAUCGGAAAAAGGCAAGUCAUCCAUGUCCUUCGAUUUGGAUAUCUGAUAUGUAGCAGAAUCAAGAUUAUGCAUAUACUAUCUUAUAAUGUUCAUGGGAAGUCUUUGAGAUAGAAAGAUCAGUAAUUUCAGGUCCAAUUUGUGUAUAUUUAUCAGUACUUUAGACAAUUGAGAUCGUCGAGGAUGAAAUACUACUAUUGCUAGAUCCUCUGAAUGCUAGUUAUUUUAUGAUUGAUUUCUCAAAUGCAGGCCCUGCAGGGCAGGUUAUGACCCUGAUCUAACUUAUUUGUAUAUGAUGCACCUGACUUACACUGUUAGAGUGGGUAAAAGUCUUACACUGGUUAGGUAAUGGAUUAGUGGUCUGCUUAUAUAGAUUUGGAUAAUUCUCAUGCGCUAGCUUUUGGGGUUGAGUUAGAUUCAUGUGUCAUAUCAUUACGGACUGGGAAGCUUAAUUCUCCUUGUUUUUAUAAUCUUAUAAAGAUGGAUCGCUCGCUCAUGAUUUCA